GUUGCAAGCCGCCCACAAAGCUCCGUCCCGCCCACGCCUGCCGGCUCUCCCAAACGCACUCGCCCGGCCACCUCGCGCUGUCUCUCACACUCACCUUCUCUUUCUUUCUCUCUCUAUACUCGACGCUCUCAUACCCAACGUCGACCCUAUCACCCCACCGCUCUCCCCGUCGCCCUCCCUUGCCUCCAUCGCCCUCCCUCUCGCGACCGUCCCGUCGCAUGCGCGCAUUUUCUUGAUCCGUCAUCGUCCGACGCCCGUCUCCGCCGUCGCCCCUCGCGGCAACGCGCAUGCGACAAGCCGUCGCUGUUCACGCCGACUGCACCCUUCUGGUCUCAGUGCCAGGAGUAGCGAGCGCUCUUGUCCGCGCUGCCGGCAGCCUGGUCGCCACGGGCGUUGUUUUUGUUGCUGUUGGUGGUCCUCAUCAUAUAGUGUGAAACCUCUGAGCGCUCGGCACCCUGAGCCCGCCUUUCCCUUCCGCUCGAAUGCGACGAUCCUCCCUGCAUAUUCCCACCACGGCGAGUAUCACCACCACCAUCGCCACCUCGUCCACAACCACAUCCACCACCGCUGCAGCCACGGCCCAUCCACGCUGCUGCGAGCGCCGGCUUUGAUCGCGCCGCCUCUGUCGGUCACCACCUGACUCUUUCCCAAUUUUUUGUUUUCGGCAGUGCCUCGCCGCCCUGUCGCGCCAACAGCCGUGGCUCGCCUAGCGCACUAGCCCUCCCCGUGCGAGCCAGUCAGCCCGCCCGACCGCACAAGCUGAGGAAGAGAUUGAUGCGUACUUCGUAUCAUACAACUUCGCCUGCCCACGCGUUGUCCACUGGCCUCCUCUGUUUCCCGGCUAGCAAGACUGGGAAGAGGAGGACGAGCUCGCGGCUCCUCAGCGGCCCUGCUGAGACCGCGCGCCACACGUCACCGGCAACCACGACGACGACGAGGACGACCAAAUCGUUAAAGAUAGACGUCGCUCGCGUCAUCUCCCUCAACCCAGUCUUAUCAAGAUGAUGACCACGUUUCCUCCGCAAGGAGGCAUGCCUCAACAUCCGGGCAUGCCUCACGGCCAACCGAUGCCCGGAGGUGUGCCUCACCCUCAGGCUAUGGCUGGACCUAUGCAGAUGCAUCCCGGCGUCUCCGCUCCCCAUGGACAGCAGGUCUCGCAGGCGCCCAUGAUGGGCAUGCAGCCUGGGAUGGUGCCGGGAGGACCCAGUGCGCAUGCCAUGUCGCACCUGGCUCCCAACGCUGGCCAGAUGAUGCAACAACCGGGAAUGCCUCCUCAAGGCAUGAACCCGCAGUUCAUGCACCUCAAUCAGCAACAGAGGAUGAUGGCCCAGCGCCAAUGGGUCAUGCAGCGACAAGCACAGAUGGGUGCCAUGCACCAACCAGGACAGCCUGGCCCCUUCAACCCACAGCAGAUCGCAGCUUUGCAUGCCAACGGCCAGAUGGCAAACCUGCCUCCACAUUUGCAGCAGCAAAUAGCAAAUACGCAGAUGUUUCAUCAGCAAUCCGCCAUGCAGGAGGCCGCACGUCAGCAACAGAUGCAGAACACGCAUGCUGCGCAGCAACAGGCACAUCAUAUUGCCAUGCAGCACGCGGCCUCGCAGAACAGCAGCCAAGGACAUCCAACAACACAACCAGGACAACCAAAUCAGCCGCCAAUGCGACCUGCCAGCGCGACGGCGGGCACCACGGGUAUGGAGGCACGACCUUCUCCUGCUGCCACAGCCGGACCUCAAAGCACUCCGCAGCCUGGAACACAGAAUAGCCAAACCCCUAGCCAAACCCCGCAACAGCCACAGACCUCUGGUCCGCAGGCAGCACAGGCGCAAACGUCCUCGAGUCAACCGCAGCCGAACCAGACGCAAACCAGCACGCAGCAGCAGGCAGCUCAGGGUCAGCCGAUGAAUCCAGGUCAGACUCGGCCAGGCCUGCCGCAGAACAUGAAUCCCCAACAGAUGCAUGCUGCGGUGUUACGGCAGCAGGCUGUCGCUGCUGCAGCGCAGGCACAGAGCAGAGCAGCUUCUGGGCAGACGUUGUUAGCAGCCUUCAACUUUGCCAGUAAGCUAGGCGCGUUCAAGGCGGGCCAGCAACAAAACGAUUUUUCGUAUUGGCAGGCGUUCGUGCAACAGCAUUUCACAGACGAUGCCAUCUUCCGCUUGGUUCUUCCCGAUCAAUUAAGCGGCGACGGGAAAACUUUCCAGGUGCACGCCGCCGGCUUGGCGCGAUACUUCUACACUCAAUUUCAGACAGACAUUGAUCAGGUCCAGCUCGUCCUCGACGGCAGUUUGGAGAAGACCUUGAGCGAAACGCACACCUUGGUCAUAGCCGACCGAUCGCGUAUGCUCUACUGGUUUCGCGACGGGACUCAGCUCGUGUGGAACGGAUUUUUCACCAUCCUAUACAACAACAACAAAAUCGAGCACCUUAACUUUGAGACGCACGAGCAUGAAACCUAUCUUCCCAGGACCAAGCUAGAAGAACUCUGCGUCCAAACAAGCCCAAACCAGAACCGAAGUCCGAAGUUGACCAAGACUAAGCAGCAGAAAGGCCAACAACCUUCUGAGCCUGCCUUCGACAUGCGACGGCUACCGUCCACGCAGAUCACUGUGUUUGGCAUUCACAAGCGUCUGCAAGCGUAUCUAGAGCUUGCCGAAACCAUGAAUGCCAUGGAGCCUCUCAUCACUUUCUCACGUGAGCGUCCGCACCUAUCUGUUCCCCAGGCUCUGUCUUUGCUCGUCGAAUCGUACAAUGCGAAUCCACCCAACUUGCCAAAUUUUCAGCAGCCCAAUUCCAGCGGUCAGAUUCAAGGCGCAUUUCCUCCAGGAGGUGUUCAGGGCUCGCGUCCACCUGGCAUGAUGCAGUCUCCUGCGCUCUCAAACUCCGGACUCCCGGUGCAGGCGAAUGGUGCUACCCCAAGCCCACAUCAGAAUAACAUGGCUCCGCCGAUGCAACCGAGUAUGAGUCAGACAAGCCAUCACAGCGGGAGUAACACAAGCCCCAACGUAGGAGGUGGGAACAAGAGGAGGCGAAGUACUGCUGCAGGUGUCAAGGGCGAAGAGGAUGUGAAUGGUGGCGCUGCACCCAAAGUCAAACAAAGUCCAAGAAUGACUAGUGGGACCAACAACAACAAGAGGAUGAAGGGAAGUUAAUCGGGAGCUGAGACAUCGCAGUCACCUUACUCCUUUCUCCCCCUCUACACACGUCAUAGGCUUCAUCCUUCUUUUGGAUGUGCCUUCCACAAUGUCACCCUCCAUCGAAACAAAAAUGCCCUUGGCAACGAAGUGCUGAAUUCGUGAUGCACCAGUCGCUGCGCAUGUGAUUUGACUUUGAGGCUCAACGAGCAGAUGCGUUGUUCGCGGAAGCCCUCAUCACAACCAUUUUAUCGCGACACGAAGCAGCAGCAGGCUCCACCUCCCAACAGGCGGGCUACCGAACCAUCAACACUUUCAGGACUACCGGACUUGCAAUUUUGGAUACUAGGUUCAAGCGACGGCGUUGGAGACACGACACAACUUGGGAGCAUUAUCAUUAUCGUCAUUUGUCAUCCUCACAUCAUCCCGAAUUUUUGGUGCAACUACGGAAGCACCGGCGGAAAUCUUUCUGUACCAUAUCUGCAUUUUGUUAUAUCCCUUGUUCGUCGACCGGCGAAGGUUUGGCAAUUGGUUCUGAUCGCGUGAGUUUCUUGAAAUCAUGAAUACAUGCUGUUUGUUCCACGGGUUUUCUGGGUGGUUGCUAUCUAAUGAAAUGGUAUUGUGGAAUGGCAUCGCUGCAGAUGACCACUCUUCCUAUUUUAUAUCGAGGGUAUUUUUUUUUUGUUAUCUUCAUAUUCCUUUAGUGGUGGGAGAAGAACGAAGACUGGUCAUUUACGGGCACACGAGCGUCGUAGAGUGAGAUGUCAGUGGCUUGCAUCGUGUAGAACGUUGCGUCGUCGCGCCAGGUCUGUCUUGUCCUUGAGGUCAACGUUCGUUCAAGAAACUUUAGCAAUACUUUUCAAUCCAAGUACUGCCCAUAUGCUGCCUUGCCAAUAAAGACAGGCUUUACCGUUG